GUGUAUAUAUAUAUGUUUUAAAUAAAUAACACUGACUCGGUCAGAGGUUGAUGAUCCCCGUGUGUAAAUGUAGACACCCCGAGAAUCCUCUCACAGAAGCCUCGAGAAAUCACGCGCAGAGCCGCGCUCGGGUAUAAAACAGCCUUCAGACACUCUCUGGAGCAGCCUGACAAUCUUCACUUCAUCUGUCAACAAUGAACGACUCCAACAGUGUUUCAGACAGUAAGGCUAAUAAGCCUCUUACAUUCCGCUCAACGAAGGAGAUGUUUGAGAAAAUGGAGGAAUCAUUCAAAAUAUGUGCGCAGUGUGAGAGACUCCCAUCACAGGUCACGGGUCAGCUAAAGCGAUGCACACGCUGUCUGAAUGUGUAUUACUGCAGUAAAGAGUGUCAGAAGAAAGACUGGCCUCAUCAUAAACUCUACUGCAACAAACUGCGCAUGGCGGCGGUGGACAGAUGCGUCGAGUGGCUCCUUUAUAAAGGAGAUCUUCCUUUUCCUACGGAGGUGUGGUCUCGUCCUGCUAACAAAGUAAGUUGUUGGAAGGACUGGUUGUCUAUGCAAGGAGAUCUGACACCCCGUCUGGAGCCCAUCCUGUCCGGACAAAACAUGACAGACCUCUGGGCCAAUGCCUGCAGGCCGCGGCCGGAGGAGGCGGAGCUUCGUGAGUCUGUGUGGCGGGUGUGCAGCGAGUUUCUCUCCCGGCCUCUUACGAUCGGAAUGGGACUGAGGAUGUUUAACUUGGAUCUGUACUCUCGGCCUCUCACUGUUCACGUGGUCGGAGCCGGUCAAAGCGAGACCCUGGGAGCCAGAGUCUCAGACAUGGACGAGCUCAACCGCAUGUUCCCGGGGCACCAGGGGCUGGAGGUGGUGAUGGUGGGGCCCGAGGUGGUCAAGGGGCCCAUCGUGAGGCCUCCGCUGAGGGCGUUCGGACCCCGGGGAAGAGUUUACAUCAGCGCUUACAAGGGACUCUACCACCAGUUCUGGGAGGAAGUUAUAGAGAAAGGAGAAGCAGCCAAACCAAAUCUAGUGGUUGGAUUUCACCCAGGGUUUGAAGGACAGGAAGUGAGUCAGGAUUGGUUGCCGACACUCCUGCUGCUACGAGAUUACAAUAUCCCGACUUUAUUCACCAUGAUCAAUGAUGCAGAGCUGCAGACUUCUCUUCAGAUGUUCUUGGAGUUGGAGAUGCAUGUUAAGGACUCCGGCUCAAACCCCUUCAGCUCUUUGAAACCUGAACAACUGCCAAAAAGCCCCAACAAAGCGCCCAUUUAUGCCAACGCUCACUACAUUUCUUUCUGUGGACUGCUGGAGAUGAAAGAGGAGGAAGAACAGAACUAAUACUGGAUAUUUUAACCGAACAUUAACCUCAAUUUUAUUUAAAAGAUGAUGCUAGCAACUGCAGAAGACAGACUUUAGUAGUUUACGUGUUGAAUGAGAGUCUACAAGUAGUGUAUUGUUUGUUGCGUGAUGUUUUUUCCAUGCAGAGCACAUAAGAAUGAAAUAAAAUGUGAUGUGAAAAUGUGGGGA